GCUGUCCGUAGAUCCCGGCAGCUCUCCCCCGUCGCGAACCAGCAGUCUCUUCCCGCGCCCUCCUCCGCGACAAUGCCCCGCACGCUUGGUUGGCGACCUUCCCAAUUGAUCCAGAUCCGCCGUCCCAUCACUCGUCCGACAAAAUCAUUCUUCUCUCCGACUUCUCUCUCCCCUUUCUCCCUCAACAAAACAUACCUCACCGAGUCGAUCCGCGCCCAUCAAGCUCGCAAAAUGGCCCCCCAACUCGACAGCUACUUCCAAAAGGUGGACUCCCUGUCCGACCACUUCAUCGAGCGCCUGCGCCAGGCCGUUGCCAUCCCCUCCAUCUCGUCCGAGGCUGCCCGCCGCCCUGAUGUCGUCCGCAUGGGCCAGUGGCUCGCCGAUGAGCUGACCAAGCUGGGCGCCACCGUCGAGCUCCGUCCUCUCGGCAAGCAGGAGGGCACCGAUCUCGACCUCCCUCCCGUCGUCCUCGGCCGCUACGGCAACGACAAGAACAAGCGCACCAUUCUCGUCUACGGUCACUACGACGUCCAGCCCGCCGAGAAGAGCGACGGCUGGGACACCGAGCCCUUUGAGCUUACCGUCAAGGAGGACGGGCGCAUGUGCGGCCGUGGUGCUACCGAUGACAAGGGCCCCGUCCUGGGCUGGCUCAACGCCAUUGAGGCUCACAAGGCCGCCGGUGUCGACUUCCCCGUCAACCUCCUCAUGUGCUUCGAGGGUAUGGAGGAGUACGGCUCGGACGGUCUCGAGGAGCUCGUCAUGGCUGAGGGCAAGAAGUACUUUGCCGAUGCCGACGCCGUUUGCAUCAGCGACAACUACUGGCUCGGCACUGAGCGUCCCUGCCUGACCUACGGUCUCCGUGGCUGCAACUACUACAGCGUCGAGGUUUCCGGCCCCGCCGCCGAUCUUCACUCGGGUGUCUUUGGCGGUACUGCCCAGGAGCCCAUGACCGACCUCGUCCGCAUCCUCGCCUCGCUCGUCGACACCGACGGCAAGAUCCAGAUCAAGGGCAUCGCCGAGCAGGUCGCCCCCGUGACCGCCGAGGAGGAGGGUCUGUACGACGACAUUGCCUUCACCAUGGAGACCCUCCACGAGUCGCUCGGCAGCAAGACCACCAUCUUCGAGGACAAGAAGAAGACCCUCAUGGCCCGCUGGCGCUUCCCUUCCCUGUCCAUCCACGGUGUCGAGGGUGCCUUCUCUAACCCCGGAGCCAAGACCGUCAUCCCCGCCAAGGUCAUCGGCAAGUUCUCGAUCCGCUCCGUCCCCGACAUGGAGAUUGAGAAGACCAACCAGUGCGUGUACGAUCACGUCAACGAGGUGUUCAAGAAGCUCGGCUCCAAGAACACCAUGAAGGUGUACGCCCAGCACUGCGGCAAGUGGUGGAAGGCUAGCCCCAACCACUGGAACUUUGCUGCUGCUGCCAAGGCUACCGAGCGUGUCUGGGGUAUGAAGCCCGAUUUCACUCGCGAGGGUGGUUCCAUUCCUAUCACCUUGACUUUCGAGGAGGCUACUGGCAAGAACGUCCUUCUGCUGCCCAUGGGAAGCUCCACCGACGGUGCUCACUCCAUCAACGAGAAGCUUGACAAGAGGAACUACAUUGAGGGCAUCAAGCUGUUGGGUGCCUACUUGCACUAUGUUGCUGAGGAGCCCAUGAACGCUUAAGCGGGAGUGAAGAGGUCAAACAGGGAUCGUUGCGGUUGGGAGGAGUGUGCGGCGUCUUGCGACAAUCAUGUAGGACGAUACCAUCUCGUUGGUGGAUGAUGUUUGGAAAGUAGUCAAUUAGCUCGAAAUACCCAUUUUGUGAUACCAGUG